AUGAACCAGCUGCCGUCCUUCCUGCAGCCUGCCGUCCACAAGCCCCGAUAUUCAAUCCGACCAUUUUAUACUACGCUGUUGGUGUUUAUACUUAUUGGAGCGGCUAGUUGGGUUUUUACUGGUACUACAAAUGACCAUGUGCAGUUUGCGCAACCGGGUAUAGGGCCACAUACAAGCCUGUUCAAACGAGAGGGCGAACUAGAGUGCCGCUUGGUCCGCAACGUCAAAAAUCAGUGUGCCUAUGUCCGCGACAAUUGCCCCGAUCACGAGGAUGGCCUAAUCUCGUACCUUCAAUUUUACUAUUGCGGAUUGGCCAAAGUAAAACCGAUAGCAUUUACGAUAUUGAUACUCUGGUUAUCACUGCUCUUCAGUACCAUCGGCAUCGCGGCAAGUGAUUUCCUGUGUAUUGAUCUGAGUACAUUGGCCAGCAUUCUAGGAUUGAGCGAGAGUCUCACAGGCGUGACAUUCCUUGCAUUUGGCAAUGGAAGUCCUGACGUGUUUUCCACUUUCGCGGCCAUGCGGUCGAAUAGUGGGAGCUUGGCAAUCGGUGAGUUGAUCGGCGCGGCAACUUUCAUCACCUCCGUUGUCGCGGGUUCCAUGGCAUUAGUCCGGCCAUUCAAGGUCGCGCGAAGGAGUUUUGUUCGAGAUGUGGGCUACUUCAUAGUGGCUGUCGUUUUCAGCAUGUUUAUGCUGGCCGAUGGGAAACUUCAUGUAUGGGAGUCAGCUGCGAUGGUGGGCUUGUACGCCUUCUAUGUCGUAAUGGUGGUGACCUGGCACUGGUAUCUGGUACGACGACGCCGAAAGAACGAGAGAGACCUCGCAGCGCGAACUCACUUUCAUAUACCGGAGAACCAAGAGCUGGAGAUCGAAGAGGCAGCCGAAGACGAUGAUCCUGGUGUAGCAUCAGAGUCGCGAAGUCUUCUCCGCGGAGCCUCAACCGAGGAUUUUGAUCUUUUGGAACGCGUCGAGGCCGUCCCUCUAUGGAAAACAGAGGACGGCGAGGACGAGGAGGAUGACGAAACACGCAACCGAUACUUGGCCGAAAUUCGUGAUAACAUGCACGUCUAUCGGCCCGCGAAAUCGAGGCGCAAUACGAUAAACCCCAUUCGACCGAGUCUUGUUGGUGCAUUGGAGUUUCAAUCUGUUCUUCACUCUCUGCAGAAAUCAAGAAAUACCCGUCGCAAUCCCGCAAUAAGCCUGAACAGCUAUUCCGACGAUGACCAGUCUGAUUUUGACACGCGCUCGGUGGCAUCGCAUCCUCGUGCCAGUCGACCAUCUGCCAGUACUGACCGCUUGUCGCCCUCCAGCGCAGCAGGUUCCUCUCGAGUUCGAGCUGUGUCGGCGAACGAUGCCGUGGGGUUGAAAUUUGACUCCAGUGUUUUGGAACCCCGGUCAACCCAAGGUCCACUGCUUACAGUGAGCAAACCCUCUUUUGAGGAUACUUCGGGACAAGAAGCGCUGCAGUCACGCCAGCUCGCUCGAAUUGAUACUGGGAUGGCGCUGGAUGCAUCUGAUUCUGCGAAUCGGUCACCGAGUUUGAGUCUGAGUCCAGGUACCACAAGUCCUCAAACUCCUGACCGGCUCGCUCCAUCGGACACUUUUCACUUUCCCAAUUAUCGGAACGGAGAGGUAGAUGAACGGUCAUCGGUGUCAGUAUCUGUUUCUCCGAGGGGCACUGCAAUACGCCGUCAUCCCGGCGUGGGAUUAGAAAGCCCUUCAUCGCCCUUCCCAUCGUAUACUGAUUUACCCUCCGCGUCGUUCUCACGACCACCCAGCAUUCGACUUCCAAAUUCACCCAGCCCGUUGGAACGACUACAGGUCCACGACGGGUAUGAUGAUUUCGCUCAUGUAGGCCUCCCUUUCUACAAAUACCUGAGGAACUGGUGGCCUGACUCGAUCCCCCCUCCCCAGCAGAUUGGUUGCAUACUCUUCCCGACCCUGGCGGGCUGGAAGUCUAAAAACGUCUGGGAACGACUGCUCGGUAUUAUCGCAGCUCCCAGUGUACUGCUUCUUACCAUAACGGUCCCAGUUGUUGAGCCAGAGGAGCCAGAGUCUGUGGAACCGGACCCCAUACCCUCGGUGAUCAUUCAAGAUGUCGACGGCAGAGAUAAUCCCUCCCCAAGGGUCAGACUUCCAGCUGAUAGUCCAGUGAUUAUGGCGCAGGCACAUGAUCACACCUUAUCAGUUUCUAAUGUGCCGUCAACCCACCCCCAUCGGAAGUCCUCGUAUGAGCCAACUGGUCGCCAGCGGUGGGACUCGGAACUCCCGGCAGUCCGACUGCCAGCUUCACCUCCUGAGCACCCUGUGCCACCAAAGGACUGGAAUCGCUGGCUGGUUGCCAUCCAGCUUUUCACAGGUCCCUUCUUCGCCGUGCUCAUCGCCUGGACGACCAUAGACGAAGACCGUCAGCCGCGCAACCUCAUUCUUCCCUCCCUCGUUUCCCUUUUAUUCUCCUCCGUCUGUCUCACAGUCCUGGUCAUAAGCACUCGUCGUCGACGAAACAGUCGACGUACCAGUGCAGAUCUUUCCAUCCCGCUCCUCCCCGACGAAUCCCAACCUCGAACCGACGCGCUCCCACCACAAUGGCGGCCAUUCCUGUCCCUACUUGGCUUCUUGGUCGCCAUAGCCUGGAUCGCAACGAUCGCCACAGAAGUUGUUUCCCUCCUCAAGACCAUCGGCGUCAUUCUCAACAUCUCCGACUCCCUACUCGGAUUGACCGUCUUCGCCGUCGGAAACUCGCUAGGCGAUCUAGUGGCUGACAUCACAGUUGCCCGACUCGGGUUUCCAGUCAUGGCUCUCAGCGCCUGCUUCGGUGGUCCCAUGCUCAAUAUUCUCCUCGGUAUCGGCCUCGGUGGUCUGUAUAUGACCCUCAACGGUGGGAACCAGAGACAGGAAGAGGCGCUGCAUGGUAUCACCCCUGUGCAAGUUCCCUAUGAGAUUGCCAUCUCCAAAGUGCUUAUUAUCAGCGGCGUGUCGCUUUUGGUUAUUCUGGUUGGACUUUUGAUUAUUGUUCCUAUGAACAAUUGGCGGAUGGAUCGCAGGAUUGGCUGGGGUCUUAUCGCUGUUUGGUGUGUCAGUACCCUGGGGAAUGUGAUUGCGGAAGUUGUUUUGUGA